AUGUGUCAGUUUCUCUUUUGGCUCUGCACUUUCUUCUACCUCUCCCCUCUCCCCUCCCCUACAAGCUCUCCUCUCCUCUCCCCUCCCCCAGAUCCCUCUCCGUCUCUCUCUUUGGAUUGGAUAGAAGAGAGAUUGGGUCGUGACACUCCACCUCCAUCGAUCCCUCGAGACCAUGGAUCCCAACUGGCGGCCCACCCAAGGGUCUGGCCCCGCCGCUGCCGCCGCUGACCCGCCCCCCGCCGGAGGCGACUGGCGCGCCCAGCUCCAGCCCGAGGCGCGCGGCAGGAUCGUCGAUAAGAUACUGGAGACUCUGAAGAAUCGUCUGCCAGUAUCUGUGUCUGUGGCGCCAGAGGCACUGAACGAACUUCAAAAAAUCGCUGCGUGGUUCGAACAAAAGGUCUAUACCGAAGCAACCAGUCAGUAUGAUUAUUUACGGAAGAUUUCUCUGAAGUUGCUCUCCAUGGAGACGCAGAGACAGCAGGCUGCUGGAAAUGCUCAGCUGAUUCCAAAUCAAAACAACCCUGCCCCUGGACUCCAUCCACAAGGCAGUAAUGAAGCACAAACAUCAGCAGUUCCCUUGAUGUCUCAGCAACAGGCCCGGCAGCCAAAUGCUUCUACAUCUGUACAAGCUUAUUCACUCACUAAUAUCAGACAGAACUUGCCAGGUGUUAAUCAAACAUCAACGAUGCAGACUGCGUCUGUCAUUCCACAAAACACAAUGAAUAAUGGCUUGGCGCAAGGCACUUCACAAGAUGUUUAUGAUGCACAAAGGCAAAUGGCAGGCAGGCAGCAACAGCAACAAUCUCAGCAAUUAAUUUAUCACCAGCAUCAACAGCCUUCUCUGCAGAGUCAGCAGCCCAAUAUUCCUUUACAACAGCAGCAACAACAGUUGAUGGGACAACAGCCAAAUUUACAACAAAAUCAGCUAAUGGGUCAACAGAAUGGUGCUGUGAUGAUGCAGCAGCAACAGAGGCUAGCAGUUCAGUCAAAUAAUCUUUUGAAUGUGCAGCAAACACAUCAGAUGUUGAGCCAGCAGUAUUUGCCUUUGUAUCAGCCACAACAAUUGGGCUCUCAGGCAAACAUGUCGAGUCUACAGCAGCAUCAACAAAAUCAACAGCAGCAGCAACUUUUUGGAACUGUGCCUAAUGUGUCAAACAUGCAGUGGAUGCAUAUGCAACAAACAAAAGCUCAGCAACCACAGCAACAACAUGCUCAGCAGCCAUCAAUGGGUUUGAUGCAACCUCAGUUUCAACACAAUCAACUUCAACAAUUGCAACAUCUUAUGCCACAGUUCCAGUCUCAGCCUAACCAACUACAAGAGCAAUUAAGGAUGCAGCAGCAAUCCUCCAUGCAGCAAAGACUUCAAACUUCAGGAGCCAUGCUCUUGCAACAAAAUAACAUGGAUCAGCAAAACCAGUUUAUUCAGGCACAGAGGGGCCUUCAAGAAGUUUCCUCUAGUACAUCUGCGGACUCUACUGCUCAAACAGGCUAUGCAAGUACAGGUGAUUGGCAAGAGGAGAUACAUCAAAUGAUUAAGAGGUUAAAGGACCAAUACUUUGCAGAACUCAGUGAAUUAUUCAAUAAGAUGUGUGUGAAACUACAGCAUGUUGACAGCAUUAUUCCACCUCAAAUAUCAUCUGAGCAGUAUGAUAGAAUGAAGAGCUUUAAAACAAUGUUGGAGCGCAUAUUACAAAUGCUGCAAAUUGGUAAAAGUAGUGUCCAACCUGCUGUGAGGGACAAAGUUCCUCGAUAUGAGAAACAUAUUAUCAGUAUCUUGAACUCACAAAGGAAGCCAGUGCAGCCACAAAUACAACAACAAUUCCAGCCACCUCCAGGCGUCAUUUCACCCAUGGUUGGCAACCUAUUACCAGUGAGGGCUGGCCUAUUCACCCUUGUAUGUGGCACAUUAGUGGCGGCACGUUCUCCCACCCGCCACCGGGAGAAGAGGGAGAGAGCUUACUGUGGUGGCUGAGGCUGAGGCACCCGAUGACCGAGUUGGGCAGGACCGGGCGGCAGUGAGGGUGGUCCGGGCACGCGUGACUGGCGAGGGUGGCAACCGUGCAAGCAAGGCGAGGGCGAUGGGCAGCUAGGGAUUUGGGCAAAGGAAGAAGGGGAAUUUGGCCAGGUCCCUGUGUGGCCUAGGGUUAAAUGGAAUGAACUUACCGGAGGUGUUGUGGGGGUUGAUUUAAUCAUAAAGUAAUUAAGUGGAAUGAACUUACCGGUGGUUGACGGGUCUAA